UAAGAUGGCAAUCUUUACGACCCGUUUCAUGUUUUUUGCUACUAUUAUUUUUUCAUUAGCCGUAAUCCUUGGCAACAAGUCGGUGUCAGCGCAGUGUCAAGGUGACGUUCAAGGACUCAUGGAACAAUGUGCACGCUACGUACAGAAGUCGGGCCCUAAGAUUCAACCCUCUGUUGGUUGUUGUAGCAUUGUCAAGAAUGUAGACUUGGCAUGCGUGUGCGGCCAUAUCACGACCGAGGUCGAGAACAUAAUCAGCAUGGAGAAGGCAGCAUUCAUUGCUCAAGCUUGCGGCAAACCACUUAGCCAUGGAACCCGAUGUGGAAGUUAUGUUGUGCCAUGAAGGUAGAAGGCCAAGAUCCUGAGUUAUGGAAUAGUUGAAAUGUAGAACAUUG